CCCAACUCCUCCCCCUGAUGUCAGAGACGCCUCCAGCCUCGGUCCAGUGCUAGCCAAGCCUGGUAGCUGCGGGCUGUUUUUGUGUCGUGUCCUGCUUCCUCCAUGGCGCUGUUGGGCAGGGUUUUCUUGGCUCAGGGUCACUGUCCUCGGCGGUUUUUCAGUUAUGGAACAAAAAUAUUAUAUCAAAACAGUAAUACUUUCCAGUCUAAAUUCUUUCCAUCUGUUCAAAAAGUGAUGCUACCACCUAACAGUUUUCAGGGAAAAGUGGCUUUCAUUACUGGGGGAGGCACUGGCCUUGGAAGAGGAAUGACCAGUCUCCUGUCCAGCCUCGGUGCACAUUGUGUGAUAGCCAGCCGAAAGUUUGAUGUUUUGAAAGCCACUGCAGAACAAAUUUCUUCUCAAACUGGAAAUAAGGUUCAUGCAAUUCAGUGUGAUGUGCGGGAUCCUGACAUGGUACAAAACAUGGUGUCAGAGUUGAUCAGACUUGCAGGCCACCCUGACAUUGUGAUAAACAAUGCAGCAGGCAAUUUUAUUUCUCCCACCGAAAGACUGUCCCCUAAUGCAUGGAAAACCAUCACUGACAUUGUUCUGAAUGGCACAGCCUUCGUGACCCUGGAAAUUGGGAAGCAACUAAUUAAAGCACAGAAGGGAGCAGCAUUUCUUGCUAUCACCACCAUCUAUGCUGGGACUGGGUCAGGCUUUGUGGUGCCCAGUGCUUCAGCCAAAGCCGGAGUGGAAGCUCUUAACAAGUCUUUGGCUGCUGAAUGGGGUAAAUAUGGAAUGCGAUUCAAUGUGAUUCAACCAGGGCCCAUAAAAACCAAAGGUGCCUUUAGCCGCCUGGACCCCACUGGAGCAUUUGAGAAAGAAAUGGUCGACAGAAUCCCCUGUGGUCGGCUGGGGACUGUGGAAGAAUUUGCCAAUCUUGCUGCUUUUCUGUGUAGCGAUUAUGCUUCUUGGAUUAACGGGGCUAUUAUUAGAUUUGAUGGUGGAGAGGAAGUAUUCAUUUCAGGAGAAUUCAAUAGCCUGAGGAAGGUCACCAAGGACCAGUGGGACACCAUAGAAGGACUAAUCAGGAAGACAAAAGGCUCCUAAGACACCCUGGCCUUCAUUUUUAGUUGCCAUGGAAAUGAUAUAAACUGCCUAUAAUCUUUUGAAUAUUUUCAAGUCUAAUAAAUAGUUAACCGACA